AUGAGCUCUGCUGGGGUUUUUUAUUUUUAUUUUUCCUCCCAUAUAGAGAUCAUCGCUUCUACAAACCUUAUCAUUCUUCUAGAGGAUGAGAUCUUUGCUGAUUUUUUCAACACAUUUCUUUCUCUCCCGGUUUUUGGACAGACACCAUUUUAUACUGUUGAAAGUUCACAAUGGAGCUUGUGGCCAGAAAUGCCCUAUAAUCUGAUCUGCAAGUACAAAAAAUUAUUGACCUGGUUGGAAAAGUAUCGGUUACCUUUCUUCUGUAAAACAAACUUAUGUUUCCAUUACAUUCUCUGUCAGGAGCUCAUCAGCUUCAUCAAGUCUCAAGAAGGAGGCGAAGAGUUGGUGGAUUUCUGGAUUCUUGCUGAGAAGAUCUUGAGCAUAGAUGAGACGAACGUAGACGUGCAGGAUUACUACUUGUCCCUCCUUCUUAUGCUGAAGGCCACCCACCUGCAGGAGGGCUCCAGGGUGGUAACUCUUUGCAACGUGAAUAUCAAGUCCCUCCUGAACCUCUCCAUCUGGCAUCCCAACCAGUCAACCACCAGAAGAGAGAUCCUGAGCCACAUGCAGAAAGUAGCUCUGUUUAAACUCCAGAGCUAUUGGCUCCCUAACUUUUAUAACCAUGGCAAGAUGACCAUGGCCAGUGAGGAAGCAUGCUAUGAUCUGCUGCAGGAGUAUGAGAGUCGCCGGUUCAAUGCUUACGCUGUGCAUUCAGGAGGGCUCCCUCUGAACAUGACCAUUAAGAAAUCCCAAUACUCCCCAAAGCACUACUCAAGUAGAAGGAUCAAGAGGAAGAUGUGGUACUUGAUCAAUCCUGGCUCUUGGUCUAUGGAAAUGGUCCCCAAGCCAGAUGUCUGUCCAAUGGGCCCGCAAGAGUUUUCUAAUGAGCAGAAGAUGGAAAUACAUAUGCCUCCCCUGAAAGUGGAUUCUGCAAAUGAGAGAUUAAUUAGUAUCCUGGAAAAGGAUGUCAUGAAGCCCACUCUGCCAAAGAACCCCAAAAGCCUCCACAUGGAGGGCCUCUUUGAGACAAAGUUCUCUUCCCACCUAAGAGCAGCCACCCCUAUCUUUAAUCACUCCUCUCAGAUGGCAAUCAAUAAGAUGAUCAAGCAAAGACUGUCUUUUAGAUAUACCUACUGGGCCUUGUGUGCCGAUGCUUAUGCAGGAAGUCCUUUCCGGGACUUCCUGAAAAAACUGAAUUUGAAAGUAGAGACCCUACUCUUGGACCUAUGGCAAGACCUGCACCAUUUCCUUAGUGUUCUGAUGAGCAACAGGAAGAAUGGGAAUUCAUUCUUUCUGCACAUGCUGAGUGAUAGAAUCUGUGAGCUCUACUUGAAUGAGCAACUUGGUACCUGCUUACCACUCACACCUCAAACUAUUCAGGGCCUGAAGAAGAUGCUGCCUUACGGGGAUGCCAACCCUUGGAUCUCCAAGGCCCAGAUGGAGAUCUGCAAGAUCCUCAGCCAUUGGUAUGACGCGUUCCUGGAUGAAGAGGACCACUGGUUUCUUCUCUUUACAACUCAGAGCCGGUAUGUCAUAGCCCGGUGGAAUAAAGAAUCUCCAAGCCGAGAAGACAGCAUUUUUCUUUACAAGCGGCUUCAGGAAUCUCUGGAGUUAAGCCAGAGUUUGGCUAACAUAGAGAAAAUGGAUUCUCCUGCAUGGCAAACAGUAGCCACUGAGAACCUGAGGAAAAAUGGGUCUCUCCAGGUAGAAGUGAAGUCUCCAGUGUUUCUAGAAGACUUUAACAAAAUGACCUUUAAAGAACUCUGCUAUAAGAAUCCAAAGAUGGCUAUAGAGAAGAUCAGUGAGGACUACAAAAUAUAUUGUGAGAAAGCACCUCAUAUAGAAAUUGAAGUGAAAAUAAUCAAGGAGCCAAAGGUGGUGUCCUCUUCACGCAGGAAACCGUCUCUUCCCAAAAAAGUGGGCAUGAGGAAGCCUUCAAUGCGGCCCAGAAACUUUCCAGAAAUCAUCCUAAAUCCACAGCACUUGGAUUUCUUCAGGGAGUUUCUCAGAGACCGGGACUCUGAAGCCCCACUAAAAUUCUUGUUAGCCGUACAAAAGGUCACUACAGAGACGAAUGAAAAGAUUUACAAGGCGGAACUGGAAAAUUUAACCAAGACUUUCUUCCGUAGCGAUGUCCCUCCUGAGGAAUUGCUGCAGUGCGAUGCCCCUGUAGUGAAGGAAAUCUCGCAAAUGCGAGAAGUCACCACCACAGCCUUGUUAAUGCUCCAGGGCUGCGUGAUGAAAUCUCUGGAAGAAAAGUGGUUAGUAGAAUACCAGCAACUGUUCCCAGCUCGUGUUAUUACAGAGUUAGAACCAUUGGUACCAGCUUUCCCUAGGAAGCCCUCGAAGACAGCCGUCAACCUACAGAAAUGCCAGGAGAAAGGCUGGCUGAAAAUGGUCGCCUUCAUCAAGUGUUUCUGCAAGUACCGCAGAUGGUUGUCAAACCCUUUGAAGCUCCAGGAAUUUGUAGACUUUCUUCACCAGGAAAUGUAUAAUGUCAAAGAAAACAUCACCUCAUCCCCUACUCCAUCAGGACGGCCAACCCCAGUGUCCCCAGGUUCUCGGAACACAGAAUCUGAGAAUGGAGAAGGAGCCCUCACAAGGCGCCGGAUAUAUGGACACAGGAUUAUCAUUGUCAACUUUGCAAUUAAUGAUUUAUAUUUCUUUGGUGAAAUGGAAAAAUUUAAUGAAAUGGUGAGUUCAGCUCACAUGCUGCUGAUCAACAAAGCAUAUAAUGAGAAUGAUGUGAUCCUGCUACGGUCAAAACUUAACAUUAUCCUGAAGCUCUUCCUUCAUUCUGACAUCCCUCCCAAGCUCAGGGUAAACAUCUCUGAGUCUCAGAAGGAUACGAUCAUUGCUGCCAUUACAGAGGGCCUCAUGGACCGGAGCAUCUUCCAUGGGGCUAUCUUGACUAUCUUCCCCGUCAUUAUGUACUUCUGGAAAAGGUUUUGUUCCUGGAAAGCAGUAUGUUCUUACUUGCACUACGUAGGGAAGGUGCACAGGGAGAGAAAAAUUCUUCCCAAAACUAUAUACAAGAGCCCCGUCUGGAAUGCAGGUGAUCAUGCUCACGCUGUCUUAAGGUUCUCCUUAAUCAGAGGUCUUGAGUGGAUACGGCCUCAACAGCCACAGCGGGAUGGAAUAAGUUCCACUCAAAACUCUUCCUCUAGCAACUUCACCCAACCAAAAGCUAGACCAUCUAGCAUGCAGCUGAAUCCUGUCCCAGGAUAG